AUGUCAACAAUGGAAAAGCAAAUCUCUCUCCACCCUGACGACAGCUGCUUCAACAUGUGGCAUGACUACAUGAACCUGGGGAGACUGCUGGAGAGGCUGUGUGCCAACCAAGCCAGGGGCCACGAAGACACCGAGGGGCAACAGACCACCCGGCCGGAAGAGGGGCGCUCGAGCCCCACAGGCAUGGGCUCAGCCGGGAGUCUGUCGGACGCGAGCUGCGGUGGGACGUCCACUGACUUCUGCCGCUUCUGUAAACAGAACGGAGAGACUGUGAGAGUUUACCGCUCACAUAGACUGAAGGGGGACGACGGUAAAGUGAGCUGCCCUAUCCUCCGGAGCUACACCUGCCCCAUCUGCGAGGCCACCGGGGACCACGCGCACACACGCCGCUACUGCCCGCUCGCGAAGCGCAAAGAGGCAGCGAGGAUAACCGCGUACCGCUUCUGGUGA